UGUGUUCCGCUGCUAGCAGGCUUGAUGCUAACAAACUUUAAACAAAUAUGUAAUGUGAAACUUUUCAACUCGUGAAUGAUUCAGAACUCACGCGUCCUUUCUACGUGUCACGUGCUCUGUGUUUCUCGCUCGGUCCGGUGCGCGGUGCUAGCUACGUUAUGCUAAGCUAGUGUGUAGCUAACACGCAGCGCGUUAUUUCCGUUCACUGCUCUCGUGCCACUUCGUGCGGGGUUAUUUUGCGGAGCUCACGCGCACGGCGGCCACGCACGGCCCGGUGCAACAGGAAGAGGCUGCGGGAGGAGGAGUCGCAGCUGCGGGACAACUUUCCCGGCUCCAUUUCCUCGUCUGCUCCCGCACAGUCGUGCUGUGAUCCCGCAGCUCGUUCACCGUCACCGGGGUCCAGAGCUCCACCAGCCGCCACCAUGUACCGGUACUUCGGAGAGUUACUCACCCGGGGAGCGGGCCUGGCCUCCGGCUGCAGCGCCUCCGAGUCCGCGCUCCCCGCGGCGGCGGCGGCUCUGCUGCGGCACCGCGGCUACAGCCAGGGCGUGGACCGGGACGACGACCCCAACUUCUUCACCAUGGUGGAGGGCUUCUUCGACCGGGGAGCCGCUAUCGUGGAGGACCAGCUGGUGGCGGACCUGAAGACCCGGGACAGCCCCGAGCAGAAGAGGAAGACGGUCCGCGGGAUCCUGGGGGUCAUCAAGCCGUGUAACCACGUCCUGAGCGUCUGCUUCCCCAUCAAGAGGGACAGCGGCGAGUGGGAGGUGAUCGAGGCGUACCGGGCCCAGCACAGCCAGCACCGGACCCCCUGCAAGGGAGGUAUUCGUUACAGUAAUGACGUGUCUAUAGACGAGGUGAAAGCUCUGGCCUCGCUGAUGACGUACAAAUGUGCUGUGGUUGAUGUUCCGUUUGGUGGAGCCAAAGCCGGAGUGAAGAUCAACCCAAAGAAUUAUUCUGACAAUGAGCUGGAGAAGAUCACCAGGAGGUUCACCAUCGAACUCGCCAAGAAAGGUUUCAUCGGACCUGGUAUCGAUGUUCCUGCCCCAGACAUGAGCACCGGGGAGAGGGAGAUGUCCUGGAUCGCAGACACCUACGCCACCACCAUGGGCUACCUGGACAUCAACGCUCACGCCUGUGUCACCGGGAAGCCCAUCAGCCAGGGAGGGAUCCACGGCCGCAUCUCGGCCACCGGCAGAGGCGUCUUCCACGGCAUCGAGAAGAUCGAGAACUUCAUCAACGAGGCGGCGUACAUGAGCCAGCUGGGGAUGUGCCCCGGCUUCCACGACAAGACCUUCGUCAUCCAGGGCUUCGGCAACGUGGGGCUUCACUCCAUGCGCUACCUCCAUCGCUCCGGAGCCAAAUGUGUCGGGGUCGCAGAAAUGGACGGAAGCAUCUGGAACCCCAACGGCAUCGACCCCAAAGAGCUGGAGGACUACAAACUGGAAAACCGCACGAUCGUGGGUUUCCCGAACUCGACGCCGUACGAAGGAAGUCUCCUGGAGGCCGAGUGCGACAUCCUGAUCCCGGCCGCCGGAGAGAAGCAGCUGACCAAGAGUAACGCACACAAGAUCAAAGCCAAGAUCAUCGCUGAGGGCGCCAACGGGCCGACCACGCCCGAGGCCGACUGCAUCUUCCUGGAGAGGAACAUCAUGGUGAUCCCGGACAUGUAUCUGAACGCCGGUGGUGUCACGGUGUCGUACUUCGAGUGGUUGAAGAAUCUGAACCACGUCAGUUACGGUCGACUCACCUUCAAGUAUGAGCGAGAGUCCAACUACCAACUGCUCAUGUCGGUUCAGGAGAGUUUAGAGAGAAAGUUUGGGAAACAUGGAGGAGCCAUCCCCAUCGUGCCCACCUCCGAGUUCCAGAACAGGAUCUCUGGAGCAUCUGAGAAGGACAUUGUUCACUCAGGCCUGGCCUACACCAUGGAGCGCUCUGCCAGGCAAAUCAUGAGAACAGCCAACAAGUACAACUUGGGUCUCGACCUGCGGACGGCGGCGUACGUCAACGCCAUCGAGAAAGUCUUCCAUGUUUACAGGGACGCCGGUCUCACCUUCACAUAGACUCACCUCCAUCCACCUGCACGUCUGUUACCUGUCUGUUACCUGUCUGUCACCUGUCUGUCACCUGUCUGUCACCUGUCUGUCACCUGUCUGUUACCUGUCUGUUACCUGUCUGUCCCCUGUCUGUCCCCUGUCUGUCCCCUGUCUGUCACCUGUCUGUCACCUGUCUGUCCCCUGUCUGUCACCUGUCUGUUACCUGUCUGUCCCCUGUCUGUCACCUGUCUGUCCCCUGUCUGUCCCCUGUCUGUCCCCUGUCUGUCCCCGGUCUUCAGAGCAGAGUUUACAGUUCCUUGUGGCGGCUGCAGUGUGAUUGAAGACGCUGAAUCUCUGCGUCUGUCUCUUUCUGCUCACAAUCUUUUUCUCUCUCUCUCUAAACCGGAGAAACCUCAGGUCUUCAGCUUUAAAAGGGGCGUGUCCUCACUGUGCUGCUUAGUCAACCUGCAUAUAGAGAUUUGAGGAUACAUAAUUACUGUUAUCUAAAAUAAGCCUUAAUACCACAGAGAUGUGACACCAUUUGCCUGAGAUACACAUUGAGGCCAAAAGUAUGUGCACACCUUCAUUUUAUAUAUUUAUGAAAAUAUUUCUAUUGAAUAAAUAGUGGAAUUUUUACUUACAUUUACAAUUUACGAUAAUUUUCUAAACAUUUGUCGAAAGUGUUAGAAUCGUCUUUAAGACGAGACGGUAGAUAAUCCUCGUCAAAUCAUUAUCUGAAGCAAAAGUAAUAGAAUAUCUUUCCUGAUAUUAACAUGAACAUCGGAUAAUCUCUAACAACUCACUCUGCAACUCGAGAUUAUCCUCUGAUAACUAGGGAUUAUUGUUUUGGUAAAUAAUUUCAGGAAGAGGAAUAAAUAUCCAUGAUGGCGUCGUUUAAAGCACAGACACAGGAAUGAUCCUGUUAUUGAUUUGAAAUGUUACAGGAGCACAGUGUCAGUGUCCACAUACUUUUGUCCAGUUGUGUACUCGCUGUUCUUUUUGUAUCGUGCGACGCACACGUGCCUCAGGACCUCAGCUUUGAUAUCGACUUUAUUAAAAGAUCAUUCCUGUGUUUUUAUGGUUUCUGGUCUGUUUACAGUUAAUCAACAGUUUACUCAUCAAUCAGCUGAGAGUGAAUUUUAAAUUAAAACCUCGUCGGACA